CUCCUUAGAGCUAAAAGAGCUACAAGAGCCACAGGAGCCAAGAGGCUGAAACAGCUGAAGCUAAAGAGGAAACAUGUCUGAGAAAACACGCGCCCUGAGAGCGCAAGUGAACGAGCGGCUGACUGCGGCUGCGGACGAGAUCUUUGCGCUGUUUGAAAGAACAAUAGCGGAGUAUGAGGAGGAACUGAGCCGCUCCAAAGAGGAGAACCAGAGGAAACAGCGGCUCCUGGACUCGGCUCUCAGCCCACAGCUCCGGCUCCACAGGACACAGGAUGCUCAGGUGCAGACGUAUUUGGAAAUGGGAAACUUUUCACCUCAAAUGAAAUAUUAUUCUGAGAUCUUGAGCGAAGACUUUAACUGUCCUGUAAAAAACGAAUCCGAAGAGCAAAGUGAGGAGGAGGUGGACGAGUGGGCGGCUCAGGCCAACAGCUCCGCUCAACCACAACCUGACGGAAACCACUACGGCCAGGUGCAGACAGAGGGCGCCACUGGGCUGUUCCCGCCAUUUAAAUUCGGAGACUUUUCAGCGAACAAGAGCCCGACCGCAACCUCCAGCGACUUCUGCGCCGUAGAAGAAGAAGUGAUAAAACACCAGUGUCAUUUUUGUGAAAAGAAAUUCCGAGACAAACAUAAUCUGAAGAGGCACAUCGCGGUGCACACAGGAGAGAAACCUUUCAGCUGUCCAGUCUGCGGACGCUGUUUCUCCCAGAAGGAGACUCUACGACAGCACAUGAGCCUCCACAGCCGCUCAAAGACCGAACCGAGAGUCAAACGCGGCGGCUCUCCUCGUACGGCUCCCGCGCCUCAGGACCCUGCAGCUAGUCAGAACGCACCUUUCAGCUGUCCAGUCUGCGCGCGCUGCUUCACACGGCCCUUCUCUCUGCAGUCGCACAUGGUCACGCACACGGGAGAAAAGCCCUUCCUGUGUUUACAGUGCAACAUGAGGUUUAACCGGAAAUCCAACUUAAAACGACACGCGAAAACCCACGCUCCGAAAUGAGCGUGUGCGACUGUUCUCACGUGACUCUGGAAAUGUUUUAACACGUUUUUUUAAGCAGAAAUAACAUGAACUUUGAAACUGACACUCUGUGAGACUCUGUCAAAGACUGAGACUCUGUGUUUUCAUGUGACUGUGUAUGAUUGUGUGCGACUGUUCUUGUGUGACUGUGUAUGACUGUUCUCAUGUGACUGUGUGGGACUGUUCUCGUGUGACUGUGUGACUGUUCUAGUGUGACUGUUCUCGUGUGACUGUUCUCGUGUGACUGUGUGACUGUUCUCGUGUGACUGUGUGACUGUUCUCGUGUGACUGUGUGACUGUUCUCGUGUGACUGUGUGACUGUUCUCGUGUGACUGUGUGACUGUUCUCGUAUGACUGUUCUCGUGUGACUGUUCUCAUGUGACUGUUCUCGUGUGACUGUUCUCAUGUGACUGUUCUCGUGUGACUGUUCUUGUAUGACUGUUCUUGUGUGACUGUGUGUGACUGUUCUCAUGUGACUGUUCUCGUGUGACUGUUCUCAUGUGACUGUUCUCGUGUGACUGUUCUUGUAUGACUGUUCUUGUGUGACUGUGCGACUGUUCUCGUGUGACUGUGUGUGGCUGUUCUCGUGUGACUGUUCUCGUGUGACUGUUCUCGUGUGACUGUUCUUGUGUGACUGUGCGACUGUUCUCGUGUGACUGUGUGUGGCUGUUCUCGUGUGACUGUUCUCGUGUGACUGUUCUCGUGUGACUGUUCUUGUAUGACUGUUCUCGUGUGACUGUUCUCGUGUGACUGUUCUCGUGUGACUGUUCUUGUGUGACUGUGCGACUGUUCUCGUGUGACUGUGUGUGGCUGUUCUCGUGUGACUGUUCUCGUGUGAAUGUUUCUGAGUGAGGUCGUUUAGGAUCAUAUCAGAGUUUCCAGUGUUUUAUAUUAACUGUGGAUUAUUGUUUGUUCGAGGUCAGAUUUAGUAAAAAUACUUAGUCGGGUUUUGUUUUGUCGUCACAUUUGAAUAAUCCUCAUGUUUUUGGUUUUUGUUUAUGUGAAACCGCGAGGCUGAAGCUGCUGGAGAAUCUGACCCGGGUCAGGACUCUGAUGGGAGACGGUGGGACACCAGGAGCACUUCACUGUCUGUGUGAAUGUGCUGAGUGGUGGUGGGAGGGGCCGAUGGGGCAGAUUGGCAGCCUCACUUCUCUCGGUCUGCCCCAGGGCAGCUGUGACUACAGCAGUGUGUUACCACCACAGAGUGUGGAGUGAAUGCAGCGUGAAGUGCUCUGGGUCUGAGGACAGACGCUGUAUAAACCUGAUGCAUUAUUAUAAUGAUGUAAUCAUAUGUAUUUCCAUAAAGGUUAGAGGUUAAAGGUCAGAGUGGACAGAUGAUGCUGGGGUCAGGGGAUCGGGGAUAUGUCCACAUAUCGGUUUUGAAAAAUUUCCACAAAAUAUUUAACCGACAUUUUUACAUGUUUUUUUUUCUAAUAACUAAAGCAGCUGAAGUGUUACACGUCACCGUGGAAACAGUGAAUUUAAUUUGCUGUGACGUCACAGUCUGAUGUGUCGUUUUUACACAAAGGUCAUUUAAAAUAUUCUGUUGUUAAAUUGUUCCAAUACAUUUAAAAUGGACAUUGGUAAAAGAGGUUAUUGCCACAAGAGCAAAUCUCAGUAUUAAAGCUCCACAUUGGAGCCGCCUGGUUUGGUUUGGGGUAAUUACACUGAGGCAGGUACAUUGUGUCAGGACAGUGUAAAAUAAACUUCUGUAAUGACAAAAGUCUGAAAUAUGUUUAUCACAUGUUUGUUUCCAUGGACUGUGGCGCAGCAGGUCGAGCACUCGCCUCAUAACGAGCAGUUCCAGGUUUGAUUCCUGGCCCGUGUGUUGCCUUUGUGUGAGCAGUUUGCCAAGACUCUUCUGUAGAUCCUCAAC